CACAGGCUUUGUUUUGGCUGCCGGAGCUCGGGCUGGGUGGGAUUAGCUGUGCUUCAAACUUCCUCAAGCUAGCGCAGACAAAUAGGACUCUGUGACAAUGCCUCAGACCAACAAGUCGAUGAGCAGUGGCUGUGCACCAGGACAGGCAUCUGCUCCAGACCAGGGAGAACCACCACCACCAGCACCAUCAGCACCGGCAGCGUCAGAGGAUGUGAAGGCCCAGGCUGCUGCCGAUGCUGGUGCUGCUGGUGCUGCUGCUGCUGACGUUGAUGGAGGAGGAGACGCAGGGAUCAUCAAAUCACCCAGUGACCCAAAGAAAUACAGGUUCAUCGAGCUGAGUAAUGGUCUCCGCGCUCUCCUCAUCUCUGACUUCAGUGGCGCCGGUACGAAGGACGACAUUGAAAAUGGAGAGGACAUGGAGGCAGGGGAGGACAGGGCCGGGGCGGAAGCAGAGCCUGAAGAAGAUGAAGACGAGAGAGAUUCUGGUGAGGGUUCAGAGGAGGACGAGGAAGACGAAGAAGAGUCAGAGCAGGACAGCGACUUUGAGGAGCUGGAUGAGGAGAAUGCAGCGAAGAAGCAGAAAGGGAGCUCUGAGAAGCAGGCGGCGGCUGCUCUGUGCAUCAGUGUGGGCAGCUUCAGUGACCCGGACGACCUGCCGGGCCUCGCCCACUUCCUGGAACACAUGGUGUUUAUGGGAAGUGAGAAAUACCCGGCAGAGAACGGUUUUGACGCUUUCCUGAAGAAACACGGUGGCAGUGACAACGCCUCCACCGACUGCGAGAGAACCAUCUUUCAGUUCGACGUGCAGAGGAAGUAUUUCAGAGAGGCUCUCGACAGGUGGGCUCAGUUCUUCAUCUGUCCUCUGAUGAUAGAGGACGCCAUCGACAGAGAGGUGGAGGCUGUGGACAGUGAGUAUCAGCUGGCCAGACCAUCUGACUCUCACCGUAAGGAGAUGCUGUUUGGGAGUCUGGCUAAACCUGGGCACCCUAUGAGCAAAUUCUGCUGGGGUAACGCUCAGACAUUAAAACACGAGCCCAGAGAGAAGCAGAUCAACACGUACCAGCGGCUCAGAGACUUUUGGAGGAGAUAUUAUUCUGCUCAUUACAUGACGCUUGCUGUUCAGUCCAAAGAGACACUGGACACUCUGGAGCAGUGGGUGAGAGAGAUCUUCAUCAACGUUCCUAACAAUGGUGAACCUCGACCUGACUUCUCUAACCUGCAGCAGCCAUUUGACACGCCAGAUUUCACCAAACUCUACAGAGUGAUCCCUGUGAGGAAGGUUCAUGCUCUGACCAUCAGCUGGGCCGUGCCUCCUCAGGGGAAACACUACAGAGUGAAGCCUCUUCAUUACAUCUCCUGGCUGAUUGGACAUGAAGGAAGUGGCAGCAUCCUGUCUCUUCUCAGGAAGAAGUGCUGGGCUCUGGCUCUGUUUGGAGGAAACAGUGAGACAGGCUUUGACCAAAACACCACCUACUCCAUUUUCUCCAUCUCCAUCACCCUGACUGAUCAGGGCUACCAGAACUUCUACCAGGUGGUUGAUUUUGUGUUUCAAUAUCUGAAGAUGCUCCAGACUCUGGGUCCCCAGCAGAGAGUUUAUGAGGAAAUUCAGAAGAUCGAAGCCAACGAGUUCCAUUAUCAGGAGCAGACAGAUCCCAUCGAGUUUGUGGAGAACAUCUGUGAGAACAUGCAGCUGUUUCCUAAAGAAGACUUCCUGACCGGUGACCAGCUCAUGUUUGAGUACAACACACAGGUGAUCAGUGCAGCUCUGUCCCUGUUGACUCCAGACAGAGCAAACCUGUUGCUUCUGUCUCCAGAGAAUGAAGGAUGCUGUCCUCUCAGAGAGAAAUGGUUCGGUACCUGUUACAGCAUGGAAGAUGUCCCAGAUGUGUGGACCCAGCGCUGGGCAGGAGACUUCCAACUCAACCCUGACCUCCACCUCCCCGCUGAGAACAAGUUCAUCGCAACUGAUUUCACCCUGAAAACGUCCGACUGUCCAGACACAGAGUUUCCUGUCAGGAUCGUCAACAGUGAGCGAGGCUGUCUGUGGUACAAGAAGGACAACAAGUUCAAAAUCCCCAAAGCGUAUAUUCGGUUCAACUUGAUCUCCCCGGUGAUUCAGAAGAGUCCUGAGAAUCUGGUUCUCUUUGACCUCUUUGUGAACGUCCUGGCUCAUAACCUGGCAGAGCCGGCGUACGAGGCUGACGUCGCUCAGCUGGAGUACAAGCUGGUGGCUGGAGAGCACGGCCUGGUGAUCCGACUCAAGGGCUUCAACCACAAACUGCCGCUGCUGUUGAGGUUGAUCGUGGAUCACCUGGCAGACUUCAGCACCGAGCCCGACGUCUUCGCCAUGUUCUCAGAGCAGCUGAAAAAAACCUACUUCAACAUCCUCAUCAAACCGGAGCGUCUCGGCAAGGAUAUUCGUCUGCUGAUCCUGGAACACUGUCGCUGGUCUGUCAUUCAGAAGUAUCAGGCUGUCACGAAGGGUCUGACCGUCAACGACCUCAUGACCUUUGUCGCUGGGAUGAAGGCGGAGCUAUACACUGAGGGGCUGGUGCAGGGAAACUUCACCAGCUCGGAGUCCAAGGAGUUUCUGCAGUACUUUGUCCAGAAGCUGCAGUACCGGCCUCUGUCCACAGAGGUCCCCGUCUCCUUUCGGGUGGUGGAGCUGCCUCAGAAAAGUCACCUCUGUAAAGUCAAGUCUCUCAACAAGGGAGAUGCCAACUCUGAAGUGACCGUCUACUACCAGUCGGGGCUGAAGAACCUCAGACAACACGCGCUGAUGGAGCUGAUGGUGAUGCACAUGGAGGAGCCCUGCUUUGACUUCCUCAGGACAAAGGAGACUCUGGGGUACCAGGUGUAUCCAACCUGCAGGAACACCUCAGGAGUGCUGGGCUUCUCCGUCACCGUGGAAACACAAGCAACCAAGUUCAGCUCAGAGUUCGUGGAGGCAAAGAUUGAGGAGUUCCUGGUCAGUUUCGGGCAGCGUCUGUCCUCUCUGAGCGAGGACGCCUUUAAGACACAGGUGACGGCUCUGGUCAAACUGAAGGAGUGUGAGGACGCUCACCUGGGAGAGGAAGUGGAUCGUCACUGGUUUGAGGUGGUGACACAGCAGUACGUGUUUGACCGACUCAGCAGAGAGAUCGAGGCUCUGAAGGUCUUCACUCAGGACGAGCUGGUCUCCUGGUUCCUGCAGCACAGAACCACGAGCUGCAGGAAGCUCAGCGUUCACGUGGUCGGUUUCGGGGUGGAGGAGAACGACCCGCCGGAUCAGAGCGCCACCUGUAGCUCAGACUCGGACGCCGCCCUCGUCCCCGCCCCCUCGGCGUACGGUGAAGUCAGCGAGUUGACCUUCCUGUCUGCCUCCACGCCGUCGCUCCGGGACGCAGUGCUCAUCACUGACAUCAGAGCGUUCACCUCCUCCGUCCUCCUUCACCCCUACCACAAAGUCCUCAGCUAGGUGUCACGCACACACACACACACAAACACACAGUGACGAAACUCCUCCUCUACAGUUACCAUGGUGAUGGCCGGCAUGCAGUUACACGGCAGACAUGGACAGGAACUGAAGGACAUUUCAGAGAUUUUAAGUUCAAGAUUCUUACUAAAUAACAUUGUUUCAAUUUAAUUUAUAUAUAUCACACACUUUACCUCCAUACAGUCAACCUCACAUUCUGGUUCAAUCUAUAGUUUGAAUCAGGACUGCAGUUAUAAAGGAAGUCACACUUUACAUUUAUAUACAGAAAACUGUAACUACACGUUUUUAAAGAGGUAGAUUAAAGUUAUUUGAUGUGUGGCUGCCAUGGCAACGCGAGGAAAAAUCAUUUAAGUCACAUGACAAAAGACUCACUGAGUAAAAUCCAUACUGACUUUGUGUUUCCAACAGAAAACUGAAGUUGUUUCUUCUGUAAACCACUCACUCACCAAAGUUGUUGAUCCACUACUGCCUCCGUCACUAACUGCAAAUGUCUUAUUUUGUAAUUUCGGCAUUUUAAAGGUCACUGAGGUUAAUCUGGAUUAACCUCAUUGACACAAAGUGACCACACGAGGCAGCAGAGGACCAGCAGCUCCUGUGUCCCCGCGAGCUAAAAUCACUGAUUUUCUCCAUGUGGUUUGGUGUGGGAGAGUGAGUGGUUUACAGACUGAAGUUUCCUGUUGGAAAAGUGUGUCUCACAGUGAAAUAAAGCAGAAAUCUAAUUCUUAACAUUAAUUCAAGAUGAUUUAAAACAUAGGAGAGGCCGAAUACAAUCAUGCUUCAAAAAAAGCAACUGAACUUUACCUUUAAAAUCCUUUAAAUACCAAAUCCUCUAGAAACUACGGCACAUAAUCUGACACGUUGAGAAAGUUUUAACUGAAAAAAAGGCUUUGGUUUCUCCUACGUGAAGUGAAUGCAUCACGUCGACUCAGGGCUUUGGUUCAAAAACAAAAAAAGGGCAGAACUGUCAUUAUUUUCAGUGACGACGCAGUAGCUGUGUUUUUUAUGAGUUUACAUUUACAUGUUUUCACAUCAUUAUAAUUCUGUUUAUGAUAAAUAAUGUAUGGGCCUCAGCAGUGUGUGAUUAUGGAGUGAGUUAGUGUUUUAUCGACUGUGGAGGCCAGAAUGUGCUAUAUGUGUAAUUAAUUACAUUAAAAAAAUACCUGAUUAAA